GGUUGCUCUUAUCACGUAUCAAGCAGCACAUAUAUGGGACAUGGCAAAUGUGUUCCAAAUUCUGGCUCGAAUGGUGGAGGCAUUAUUUACAUCGGUGCUGCAACGGCAACUCUACACGGCACACUAACAUCAGCAGGAAACAAUAACAUCGCAAAAGCAACUGGCAAUUGUCGUCAAACCGUCGGUGGACCAGGUAGUGGUGGUUCUAUAUUACUGAGGGCUACAACGUUGACACUGGAUGCUGCAACCGGUGUUUUCAAUAUUAGUGGAGGAGGCCGUGUCCAAAUCUACAGCACCACCUACACUGGAACAGGUGGUAGCGGAAGAGCUCGAGUAGAUUUCGAGACUCUAAACGGAUAUCCACACCAUAGUGCCAGUGCAAAGACAAUACAGUCUUCAUUUCCAGAAAUAGGAUAUUGGGGAAGUGUCGCCCCCUAGUUGAUUACGACAACAGAGAGAGUAA